GACCAGACGGGACUCUUUUGGGAAAAGAAAGAAGAAUAAACAAAUCCAGGUCACGUGACAGGCUGGCUGGAGCAUCGUUUCGGUCCAUUUUGGAUGUUAGCAAGAUCUCCGCGUAGCAACCCACCCUCUAAAAAUGACAAAGCUGCAGUUUUUAAACGUUUUCCUGACUGAGCGUCUCAUGCUUGCCGCGCAGGAGAUUUACAAGUCUGUGGAGGAUACGAUUUUGGAAUACCAAGAGGAGAUAGCGAUCAGGGAGCGGGAGAACGACCAUCUGAGACGGAGGCUCAGAGACGCUGGAAUCGAAAUAUGGCCAGAUCGCCCGUCCAUGGGGUUGCUGGAUGAGGAGGAUGGUGAGCACCCACGUCGUGAGUGGAGUCCCAGUAUGGGGCAUGAAGAGCGCAUUCCCAUUCAGAUCAAAGACAAGAGAGAUCUGCGGGUCAACCAGGGAGAUGAUCACCUUCGUGCCCAUGGCGCUUGUGUUGCCUCAGAGAACAUGUUCACUCCUCCCCGUGUUGCAAACGAAUACCCCCAGGAUGGCCCCCAUACCUCCAGCCUUCCUCAGAAUCAGGGCGUAGAGAACCGGGAAAGGGAUCCUGGAUCUCGGGGCUCCUUGAGGCAUGUGAAGGGUGAGACUGUAGACGGCCACAGAGGUUCUGCAUCUUCCAGCAGCGGCGCCCAGCCUCUUGCACCAGUCAACCCAAACUGCUCAAACGAGAACAACAUUGAGAUGAUGGCGGCGGAGAACGGUGGACAGUUGGUUGGUGUUAAAGGUGGACCUAACAGAGGACAGGUCUCUCUCAUGCGUAACCAAGGAGCCAAUGCCAUGGACUGCCCUCAUCAAAAGUCUCCCACGCAGGGCCACAUGUCCUCUUUCUGCUGCAAAGUCUGCGGCGAGGCGUUCAGUCACGUCGGCCACCUGCACGUCCACGUCCAAGUGCACACUCGGGAAAAACCGUACCGCUGUGGCGUGUGCGGAAAGUGCUGCAGCUCCUCCGGAAGACUGCAGGAGCACCAGCGGAGCCACACGGGAGAAAAACCGUUUCGCUGCCAGAUUUGCGGAAAGGGAUUCACGCAGAUGGCUCACCUGAAGGUUCACAUGAGGAUCCACACAGGGGAGAAGCCGUACAGCUGCCCAGUGUGCGGCAAGUGCUUCAGUCGCUCCGACAAAAUCAAAAGGCAUCUUCAGACCCACAACCGCGAGGGAACAUAUUUCUCAGGGCAAUAAUGGAGGUUUAUUGUUUGAACGGCCCAGUUUAUGAAUCAUAUUGAUGUGAGCAACAUUUCUAUAGAAGGCUAAAAAAUGCUGCCAUUAACUAUUUUCUUUUUUUUUUUUACUUUGCAAGAAUUAGAAGUUCUGCAGGUGUUAAACUUUUUUUUCCCCCAAUCUAACUUAACACUUCUCAGUUUCUGGAUAAACUUUGUAUUAGCCAGUUUAGUAUGUUAUUUACUGACCUUUGUGUUGAGUAAUAAAUCUAAGACACAAGUUGAAUUAUUAGCUAGUGUUUCUGAUCUUUUGCUUCAUUUGUAAUCACGUAAUUAGCAUGAAGUCUUCCACAUAAGUCUUGAAAAAGAGAUGUAUCAUGAAAUGCAAGAAUAUUCUGCACAUUCAGUUUAUGUUCAAUCUGUCACUUCAUGUUUGUAAGUUCAUGUGUUUAAAAAGCUGCAACGCUAACAUUUAUUUAGUCUAUUCUGUUAAUCUGAAAAGUUAUAGACAGCAUAGGCAUGACUCAUUUUUCCAGUUAAGUAAAAGUUGAUAAUUGGACAGAUAAUAGCUGUGUUUUGCCUGAAUUUUCUCUAGUAGCGUUAUCAGUUUUUAAAACACUUGUGUUGCAUUUUUAUGAAACUGAAAUAUUUUUGAGCAGACCGACACAAUGAGCUGUUCUCAGAUGGAGAAUUGUGUCUCUGAGGUGUACUAAGAAGCAGGAUUAAAAAUGUUGAUUCUAAUUGUUUAGCAUCAUAAAAAAAGAUUCUCUUUUAAUCUGUUGAAGUCACUAUUUUAACCUGAGCUGAGCAUGGAACACACUCUGGAAGAAGUUAAAACUUGACCAAUUCUAAAAAUGCUCAUCUUUAAUCCGAUGCUGAUUUAAUCUUAGAUUAUUCAUAAUAAAGUGCACAGAUCGUUCUGAUAAAAACUUGGUGUUUCAAUCAGUUCAUCAUGAUAAACUGUUGACUCAGACACAUUUUUAUUGAUUUUUUUAACCAAUUAAAAAGUUACUCUUGAUGUGUGCUAAAUGACCAGUUUGUAGACAGGUGUGGACAUUUAUAAAAUCACAAGUAUCUGUGUUUUGGAAACUGAUGGGACUGCAUAAAUGUAGAGUAAUUUUUAUUCUGCAGCUGAUUGAAUCAAACUCUUCACUCUGUUUUUUAUUAUCAUGGAGAAUAUAUGAUUUUUCAGUUUGAGAAACAAAUGAACCGAAUCAAAUCUUCCUUGUGUCAGAGCUAAAUGCACAUAUUGCCUGUGUAAGAAGUGACAAGUUAUAACAGCUUGCAGAAAUUUACUAAUACGCACAAUUACUAAGUAUCAGUCUCUUGUAGCAUAGACCGUUUUUAAAUUUUAUUUUUUAUUUAUUUUGCAGUCUUCAUCUCUAUUCAAACAUAUGAAUAAAACAAUCAGAUGAACUGUGGGAUUAUAAUCUCUAAUCUUGUACUCAUUUUAUGUCUGACUGAAGUUGAAGUUUUUGUGUUUGACUUUCUGACAGAAAGCUGAUCCUGCUCUUUAGUACCCUGCUUUGGUGCUUCUUUCUUUUGAUGGACUAUAUUUUUCCAUUCUUAUUAAAAACAUUUCUGUCACCAUUAUCAGUGUUUUAUGUUGUGCACUAAACAAAGGACACAUCCUUUGUCAGACUGUUCCACAGUUUGCUGAAAUAAUGUAAGAUUCUGUGGAAAACCACUCUAGUCCUAACUUUUAUUUUUAUGUAAGAUUCUGUGGAAAACCACUCUAGUCCUAACUUUUAUUUUUAUGUAAGAUUCUGUGGAAAACCACUCUAGUCCUAACUUUUAUUUUUUUAUGUUUGCCUGUGAUUGCACUAUAAGAUCUGUUCUGAAAGACACAUCAAUAAACUCGUUCAGUAUUAACAGAACCUCUCUGGUUCUUCCGAGGUUUGGYAGAGAUUAAUGUGCGUCUUGUGUUUCCAUAAUGUUCACCAUUUAAAUGUGUGGGAUUUUUCUCUUGUGGUUAAUUUUCAGAAGUGAUAGCAGGACUGGAUGAAAUAAAGUAAUUUCUCUUCACAUUUCUGGCUGAUUUUAUAUUUCUUCUUUUAAAGGUCAUAUAAUGAGGCCACACAGGACCAAUGUAAAACCUAUUUGUUAUUAAAAGAUACCAGUAACUCGG